AUGGACACUGACAAUUCUGCACAAACGGCUGCAAUUGAUGCUUCUGGUAAUGCUACCGUCGAGCAGCCGCUGCCCGCCGCGUCUCCUAAAGGACGACAGUCGAAACGCCCUCGCUGGCGACGCACCACAACGGAAGCCGGCGCACCCCGCCCAUGCUAUCUCGCUGAAGUGCCCUUGGAAGUUUUGGCCGAGAUAUUGUCGCAUACGGCGUCAACGCGGGAUCUCCUCGCGCUUGCCCGGUGCAGCAAGCAGUUCUGCGCGACUCUUGUGGAUAACCCAGCUACGGUCUAUAUCUGGCGCCGGGCUCGGGCGCGUUGUGCCCCGCUUCCCAUUCCGGACCCCACGCCCAAUUUCACGGAGUAUUCGUAUGCGGCCUUUUUGUUCGAUGGGGGCGAGUGCGAGAUAUGCAAGGCCAAGACGCGCAACAUGUAUCGUUGGUUUGCCCUCCGUCUCCGUAUUUGUGACAAGAGCCUGUGCCGCACAAAGUGGAGGGAAAGUGUCAUGACCAUCACAUUGGCCUCCGUGCCUCCUCGCUAUUCGGAGCUUCUGUCCUGGAUACCACGAACAGAGGGGAAUGACCCAUCCGUCGUUCUCUGGGUGCACGACGCCAUUCAGAUCAGAGCGACCGACUGGCUCGCCGCGGUGGACGAGUUUAACAAAGAAUCUCGGAUGCCAGCUACGCUCGAGGCGUAUGUGCGCAGGAAGCAGGUUCUAGCCGAUCGGCUACCGGUCAUUAUGGAGCAUGCACGGAAGUUGGCGCAGUGGAGGGGCAUGCGUGAAUCGUUCACGAAGCAGGUCAAGUCCAGGAACGAGGCGAAGGCAAAUUCAUUUGCCGUCGCCGAAGGCUGGUCAGCCUGGGAUCUUCUGCACACAGAGACAUACGGCCUGUUGCAUCGCUCUAAAAUCCUUUCACUAGAGAACGUCAAGGACACAGACUUCGCGUUGAUCCGUCCCACUGUCGAACGGGAAAUCAUCGCAAACAAAGAGCGGCAGGAGCGCUGCGCUGCCGAACACGCCUAUUCAAAGCGGCGGGCGGACGUCAAGCAGCACUACGACCGCCUGCGGUCCGCGGCAGAGAAGCAAGUGCUACCCCCGCUCGGCGAGUUCCGCAAGCUCUCCGUAAUGCGGCUCAUGCAGGAGAAGCCGUCCGAUGCCGCGGCGGGCAUCUCACAGGAGCUCAAGAAUUCGAAGCUCGUCGCGGAGCUGCUGAAAGACAAUUUGCGGGCAUGGCGCGAAGGUGCGCGAGACGCGCUUGCUGCCGCACUUGGUUUCCCUGGCUGGAAGAGCUUCAGCAAAAAGAAGCUGCAUCCCGUCGAACGGCUCAACGCGUGGUUCAAGUGCAAGAAAUGUGCCAAGUUUGAGGGUGCCUCGAGCGGCUCGAGUAAUCGCCCUCCGCUGCCUGCACUCGACUUCGCUGCCGCCUGUGAGCACAGGUGCCCGCAUCUGAACAAGAGGAAGCGAGCGAGAGAAACUUGGAGCGCAGAUCACUUCGAGCCUGAUCAGCCUGUUAUAGACGCUACUACUCAUAUACUGAAGCUCUGCUCGAUUGAUCCUGAGGAGUCAGAUUCUUUGAAUAAAGUGCAGGGUUUUGGGACAUCUUUCGGCUGUAAGUCGUGCCCUUCGCGGCUUGUCAUGGACUUCAAGAGCAUGGCACAACACUGUAAACGCCACGACAACCCCCAAUUCUGCCGUCGCCUGGAGCAACCCAGCGUCAUUGAGCACGGUCUUGCGAAAGAACUGCGCGAUCACCCCUCGCGCGAUGCGAUCCGCCGCGCGGAGCUCGUGCUCUACGGCUGCCGACACUGUGAGCAGAUUCGCGUUAAGGCCGGGGCUGCGGGAACCACCGACAAGAGCAACAGACUCGCACUGAAGGGCAAAAUAUAUACCUUCCAUGGCCUGCGUUCACAUGUGAAAGAGAAACAUGGGAUCGCACAGAUCGCGGACGAGGAUUUCUUCCGUCAAAAAGAGCCUGAGGCCCCGGUGCAACCCGGAUUGGUUUUCGAUAUCGAUGCCUUGUAG